UCGCGAGGUUUUGCCGGGGAUCUGGCGGCUGUGGCUCGACGGCGGGUGCGGGAUGCGCUCGGAAAAAGAGGGGGCCGGAGGCCCGAGGGCGGCCGUUGCCGCCCGAGGCCCGAGCGGGAGAGAGAAGCUAACGGCCGUAGAGGUGCAGUUCCACCGCGAUUCGCCGCAGCGAGAGCCGGAGACGCCGCCAACGUCGUCCUCCGGCUGUGGGGGCGGUGCGGGCAAACCUCGCGAGGAGAAGAGGACGGCCCUGAGCAAGGUGGUCAUCCGCCGCCUGCCCCCGGGCCUCACCAAAGAGCAGCUGGAGGAGCAGCUGCACCCGCUGCCCGCGCACGACUACUUCGAGUUCUUCGCCGCCGACCUGAGUCUUUAUCCUCAUCUCUAUUCAAGAGCGUACAUUAAUUUUAGGAAUCCUGAUGACAUCCUUCUUUUUAGAGAUCGUUUUGAUGGAUAUAUCUUCCUUGACAGCAAAGGCCUAGAAUAUCCUGCAGUGGUAGAGUUUGCUCCAUUCCAGAAGAUAGCCAAAAAGAAGCUGAAAAAAAAAGAUGCCAAGACUGGAAGCAUCGAAGACGAUCCAGAAUAUAAGAAGUUUUUAGAAACCUACUGUGUGGAGGAAGAGAAGACCAGCACCAACCCUGAGAUUCUGCUGGGGGAGAUGGAGGCGAAGACAAGAGAGCUCAUUGCUAGAAGAACCACACCUCUUUUGGAAUAUAUUAAAAAUAGAAAAUUAGAAAAGCAGAGAAUUCGGGAAGAGAAGCGAGAAGAACGGAGGAGGAGAGAGUUAGAAAAGAAACGCUUGCGGGAAGAGGAGAAAAGAAGAAGAAGAGAAGAAGAAAGAUGCAAAAAAAGGGAGACAGAUAAACAGAAGAAAACUGCAGAGAGAGAAGUAAGGAUUAAGCUUCUUAAGAAACCAGAAAAGGGAGAGGAACCAACCACAGAGAGUCCAAAAGAAAGAGGAGAGGAGAUUGAUCCUGGAGUUGGCAAGCAGGAAUCCAGUACCCCCGGCGCAGUCAUAAAAGUCAGGCCCGCGGAAGGCUCGCUGGAGGAGCCCCAGGAGAUGUCACGCAACGGCAGUGACAAAGAGCACAGGGAUGUGGAGAGAUCUCAAGAAAAAGAGCUUGAAGCACAGAGACCCCAUAUGGAUGAUGGCAGGAGGCACAGAGCUUACCACGAGCCUGACCGGCUUUCCAGAAGGAGUGAAGAUGAGCAGAGAUGGGGGAAAGGACCUGCCCAGGACAGAGGGAAGAAGGGGAGCCAGGACAGCGGGGCCCCAGGGGGUGCCGCGGAGAGACCCGGGAGAGCUCAGAGGUGUGACGACAGUCCAGCACCCAGAAAGGAGCGACUGGCAAACAAGGACCGGCCGGCCUUGCAGCUAUAUGAUCCGGGAGCUCGCUUCCGAGCUCGAGAGUGUGGUGGAAGCGGGAGGAACUGCAAGGCAGAAACGUCGGGGACUGGUCCUGAGAACAGGGAAGAGGCAGAGUGAGUCACAGUGUGCACCUGGCCUCCAUGGACGAGCGAAGGCAUCCCAGAAACGUGUACGUGACUCCAAGUGUCACUGGAAGGGAGCACUUACUCGUUACCAGGAAACGAAGCUGAAAAUAAAGAGGGUGACGUAGAAACACACAGAAGCCAUUCUAAAGAAAGUAGUGAUCUUGUCUUAAAUUGAGCAGAAUUCUCGUGGAUUUUAACAUUUCUGGUAUAAACUAGUAUUUGAUGUUUAGCCAAAUCACAAAUGAUUUUCACUGGACAGUAGAAAAGUAUGUGUAAAAUAGGGGAGAAAAUUAGUAUUGGAUCAGUACGAGCCCUGAAGCACUGUCAACGUAUGUUUGUAAGCAGAGGAGCUGUCAGCCUCAUUGUGGCCUCUGAGCCGUGGUGUCGAGGAAAGAGCAGUUCUUGUUUGUUAUCACCUUUGUGAGUCAGUCACACCUGUGCUGUGUUUUAGUCCUUCGGUAGGGAUAUGUAUCAGACUUCACACUAUGUAAAACCCAACAGCUUCAACUAUUGCCAUUUCAGCAGUUUUGUCACUGACUGGAUGAAAAUGAUUUCACAGUCUUGGAUGGAUGCGUUUGUGGUUUGUAACCAUUAUGGUUUAAACCAUGGUUUAAGGAUUUGCCCAAAUAACAGAAAUUUUGUUCAGGAAGGGAUAAAGUGGGUACAGCACAUAGAUGACUUUUAGACACUUUAUUUGUAAAUAACUUAAAAUAGCUUUCUGAAACUAUGCAUCCUACAGUUUUCUUCCUUUCAGUGAAAUUGUUAAAUGUUAAUGUAUUUUUGGCACUAUGAUUUUAACCAUUUAUUAAAUAAUUUUGUUAAAGAGGUA